AUGACGGACACUACUGAUGACAUUGCCGAGGAAAUGUCCUUCCAAGGCUUCGACGAUGACUGUAAGUUGCUUGGAAAUCUUCUCAAAGAUGUUUUACAAAGGGAAGUUGGCAUCGACUUUGUUGAAAAACUUGCAAAAAUUCGAAUCCUUGCACAGAGUGCUUGUAAUAUGAGACAGGGAGGAAUUGAGGAGAUGGCAGAGCUGUUGGAGAAGCAGUUGGCUUCAGAGUUAUCCAAGAUGAACUUAGAAGAAGCUCAAACACUUGCUCGUGCAUUCAGUCACUAUCUUACUAUGAUGAGCAUAGCUGAAACUCAUCACAAGGUUCGAAAAGGCGUAAACAUGGCAAAUUUUGCAAAAUCUUGUGAUGAUGUGUUUCGCCAGCUUUUGCAAGAUGGGAUUUCUCAAGAUGACCUUUAUAAUACAGUUUGCAAACAGGCGGUUGAAAUCGUUCUUACAGCUCAUCCCACACAAAUUAAUCGACGUACCUUGCAAUACAAACAUAUAAAGAUUGCUCAUCUUUUGGAUUAUAAUGACCGACCUGAUCUUGGUCCUGAAGAUCGAGAAAUGGUGAUAGAAGAUCUGGUGAGAGAGAUAACGUCAAUAUGGCAGACAGACGAGCUUAGACGUCAGAAACCUACUCCAGUUGAUGAAGCUAGAGCUGGAUUGAACAUUGUGGAGCAGUCACUAUGGAAAGCUGUUCCUCAUUAUUUACGUCGAGUCAGCAAUGCUUUAAAGAAGCACACCGGAAAACCACUUCCAUUGACUUGCACUCCCAUAAAAUUUGGAUCUUGGAUGGGAGGUGAUAGAGAUGGAAACCCAAAUGUCACAGCAAAGGUUACAAAAGAUGUUUCGCUUUUGUCAAGAUGGAUGGCAACCGACCUCUAUAUUCGGGAAGUGGAUAGUCUGAGAUUUGAGUUAUCCAUGAAGAGGUGCUCUGAUAAAUUGUCUAGAUUGGCACAUGAAAUUCUAGAAGACAAUAGAAGUCCGUCAAAAAAUCCAAAUCAGACGGUUUCAUUACUUCCAUCUAAACUUCCAUCUAGAGCUCAUUUACCUUCUUGUGCUGUAAAUGGUGAAUCUGAUCAUCCAAGACUCGACAUCCCUGGUGCUGAUUACAAUCAAGUCAAUAACAAGGAUGCUGAUGGUAAGAGUUCGACUUCAACUGUGAGCAAUGCUGGAAGUUCCAAUAGUCAUGCAUCUCCAACAAGUGCAGCGAGCAUUCCACGAUCUCCUUCUUCCAACUCUAAUCAACAACUUCUUGCUCAAAGGAAAUUGUUUGCAGAAUCCCAAAUAGGAAGAUCCAGUUUUCAGAAGCUUUUGGAGCCAAAACUCCCUCAUCUUCCUGGAAUUGCUCCUUAUAGAAUUGUCCUUGGGAAUGUAAAAGAUAAGCUACAGAGAACUCGUAGACGAUUGGAACUGCUUCUAGAGGAUUGUCCAUGUGAACUUGAUCCUUCUGAUUACUAUGAAACAACCGAACAGCUUUUGGAACCUCUGCUCCUCUGUUAUGAAUCUAUGCAAUCUUGUGGAGCUGGAGCUGGUGUGUUAGCUGAUGGUCGACUUGCUGAUCUGAUCCGUAGAGUUUCUACCUUUGGCAUGGUGUUAAUGAAGCUUGACUUGCGUCAGGAAUCUGCCAGACAUGCUGAAACACUUGAUGCAAUUACCAAGUAUUUGGAUAUGGGCACAUACAGUGAAUGGAAUGAAGAAAAAAAACUGGACUUCUUAACCAAAGAGCUUAAAGGGAAGAGGCCACUAGUUCCUCCUAGUAUAGAGGUUGCUCCAGAUGUUAAAGAAGUCCUAGAUACGUUUCGAGUUUCUGCAGAGAUAGGGAGUGAUGCACUUGGAGCAUAUGUGAUCUCUAUGGCCUCAAAUGCAAGUGAUGUCCUUGCAGUAGAGCUCUUACAGAAGGAUGCACGUCUUACAGUUUGUGGAGAAUUAGGAAGAGAAUGUCCGGCUGGAACGCUUCGGGUGGUUCCUCUCUUUGAAACUGUUAAGGACCUCAGAGGAGCUGGUUCCGUUAUCAGAAAACUUCUAUCAAUAGAUUGGUACCGCCAACAUAUCAUUAAAAACCAUAAUGGACAGCAAGAGGUAAUGGUUGGGUAUUCUGAUUCUGGUAAAGAUGCUGGGCGCUUUACCGCUGCUUGGGAACUUUACAAAGCUCAAGAGGAUGUAGUGGCUGCUUGCAAAGAGUACGGUAUUAAGGUUACUUUAUUCCAUGGCCGUGGAGGGAGUGUUGGUCGUGGCGGAGGCCCAACUUAUCUGGCUAUUCAGUCCCAGCCACCUGGCUCUGUAAUGGGAACCCUUCGGUCUACUGAACAGGGAGAGAUGGUGCAGGCCAAGUUUGGUUUGCCACAAACAUCUGUUAGACAACUUGAAAUAUACACAACAGCGGUGCUACUUGCUACCCUUCGUCCCCCUCUACCACCCCGAGAAGAAAAAUGGCGUAAUCUCAUGGAAGACAUUUCGAAAAUCAGUUGCCAAUGUUACCGCAGUACAGUCUAUGAAAAUCCAGAAUUCCUCACCUACUUCAAUGAGGCCACGCCUCAAGCAGAGCUUGGAUUCCUGAACAUAGGUAGCCGCCCCACGAGAAGAAAGGCCACAACAGGAAUCGGACACCUUCGUGCCAUUCCCUGGAUAUUCGCAUGGACUCAAACCAGAUUUGUUCUUCCUGCUUGGCUUGGAGUUGGAGCAGGUUUGAAAGGUGCUUGCGAGAAAGGACAAACAGACGAGCUAAAAGCCAUGUACAAAGAGUGGCCUUUCUUUCAAAGCAUAAUAGACCUGAUUGAGAUGGUUUUGGGAAAAGCCGACAUUUCUAUUGCAAAGCAGUAUGAUGAGGCACUUGUUUCAGAGAAGAGACAAGAACUUGGUUGUCAGCUAAGGAACGAGCUCAUUACAACUGAGAAGUUUGUAACAGUUAUUUGUGGGCACGACAAACUUCUGCAGAAUAAUAGGGCAUUGAGGAAGUUGAUUGAAAAUAGACUUCCUUUUCUCAACCCCUUGAACAUGUUGCAGGUAGAGAUACUUAAGAGGUUAAGACGUGAUGACGAUAAACUUAAAGCAAGAGAUGUUCUCCUUAUCACCAUUAAUGGUAUUGCUGCCGGGAUGAGGAACACCGGAUAACUUUUCAACAACUAUAAUUUUCACUCAUUCAGUAAAUUGGGUUUCCCAUUGUUAGGUAAUUUAUGACCAUUUCUGUUAUCAAGCCUGCUAAUGAAUGAUUAAUAUAGGCAUAGCCAUCAUUUUAUGUUCUGUACUAUG